GGUACUAAAACACCCAUCUCGGCGGUAGAUGCGCCACUCGUCGAUACAGCCAGGAAACAGGCACGAUCAAAGAAGAGAAGAGAAGAACUGGAGCAGGCAGCAAUGCAGGCGAGGGAAGAAGAAAGGGAGAUGCAGAAACAGGCAACAGAACUAUCUGAGGGAAAUUGACGUCCUCCAUAUCAAGGAACAGGUGAGACAGAGUGGCCAAGCAGAAAUUACUCAAUUGCCUACCCUCCCCCUAAACAAUCAAGCUGCGAUAGAAGGCAUUCAGAGACAGGCAAAGGAUAUGGCAAAGACGAUGGAGAAGGAUAAGGUGCAGCUAAACAAAGAUUUCAAUACCAUCAAUGUGAAUCUAAUCAAGCUGAAUCAGAACAUACAGGUGAAGGUGUCGCAGAUCGUACAGUACAGACUGUCAGAUUUCAAGGAUGCACUAUUGGCAGAUUUAAGAAGUAGGUUAGGAGGAGGGGAAGGAAGGUGACUACGUCAGUACCUCAGCAGGCCACGUCAGCAGGCUACGUCAGCAGGACACGUCAGCAGGACACGUCAGCUGUGCCACGUCAGCAGCAAGGGAUACCACAUCAGCAGGCCCCCGCUCCAGUCUAUGCUGUUGCGAUCUCAAACAGCAGUCAUGGACCAAAGGCCCGGGGAAGCAGAUGAGGCCUAUCAGGCCCGCAUGCUGGCCUGGAGUACCGAGACAAAGAAACGGGCAGAUGACGCUGCAGCAGCAGCGAAGAAGAAGGCAAAAGAUGCCGAGCAGGCACGUCUGUUGGCACUUGAACAGCAGCGCCAGCAUGACGAGGCAGCAGCAAGAACUGUCGAUGAAGAAAGAACCCAGCGUCGUGAGAAGAUAUUUACCGGAGAGCGGGUGUUACUUACCAUGACAGCGGAAUGGCGGACCGAGGCCGAGAAUAGCCAGUUGGAGGAUAGCGCAAACAAGAUAGCGCUCCUCCUCUCGCAUCUCACGGAUCUCCUGGCAACCUCCAUUACACAGCAGGCGGAGAUCCUUGGUCUCGACAGCUCGCUGGCUCACGUCCAAGACCGCCUUCAGCGGUUAGAGCAGCGACAUGUCGCCGCCGCCGACGCAAGCUCUUCCAAUACUGUGGACCGCCUCAAUGCAUUGGAGAUGCACGUCGGCUCCCUCCAGGACGGCGCAGAGUUACAGCACACCACGACGCAACAGUUGCAGCAGCGGGUCUGUACCACCGCCAACACCUCGAGUACGGAGCCGUGCGAGACAACUCCAAAGUUUGACAGGCAGGAGAUCUUCUGCGACUCAAUGAAGACAGAUCCGAUUCCAUGGUUCCGCAAGUUCGAGCUCACGCUGCAGCUGUCCAACAUCAAAGAACACAAGCACCACGCAUACUUGUACUCUCGUUCAGGGGCCGCGUGCCAGGCUUGGUUGGACAACCUCUUGUCCAAGUACGAAGUAGUGGCAGCCGACUUGCACACCAAGAUCAGUUGGGAUGAUCUGAAGGCGGCGUGGCACAAGCGGUUCCACGUGGACCCGCCAGAGAUCAAAGCCGUGGACAAGCUCAUGGUCUUCGAACAAGGCAUGUUGCCGAGUACGGACUGGAUCACCGAGUACCAACGCUUGAUGUCAGUCCCAGACAUCCAGAUGGGCUUCAAGGCGAUCCGCCAUUACUUCAUCUCAAGGUCAUGUCCGACAUUAAGCAAUGCCCUGACUCAUGUCGAGGACACCUUGACGACGACGACGGAGCUGUUCGACAAGGCCGCGCAGAUCAUCAUCACGAACAAGGAGGCCAAGAACCUCCGUUCAUCUGCGUCAGGCCCGAGCAGGGACCAGCAUCGGCCAAGAGUGGUUGUGGUGGCAGCGACAACGCCGUUUGACCAAACCAGCGAGGCUGUCUCUGCCAGUGAAGGGGACAGACUCGCAGCCGCCCGGGAAGGGUUACUGCACCUUACCUUUCUGGAAGAGAAAAUUGACAGGCAGCAAACUCAGUUAGAUGAGAUUGCUGUAGGAUUACGAACCAUCGCAAAUAUUGUGAAAGGAGAGAGCCAGAUAGAGGGUAAGGAAGAAGAUGGACAAGAAGAAAAGGAAGAUAAGAGAGAAGUGAGGAAGUUGACGGGAGAUGCUAUGAAGUCUGCUGGUCCCACAAUUCACACGAAGUCCAAUGGGAAUGGAACACCGAGUCCACCAUCCUCUUCAUCUAACUCUUCUCAUUCGUCUCUUUCUCCCAAGUCUCCUUCUUUGACAACUCCAGGUAAGACAAGUGCUGAACCCGAGAAGCCAAAGAAGAAAGAGAAAGUGAAAAUGAACUUGCCUUUUACGUUCAGUAACAAAGAAGAUGAGAGUUUGUUACUUUGGAUUGCUGAAAUCCAAACGUAUGUGAGUACCGCUCCAGUUGAACCGGAGUCCCAAGUUGCGUUUACCACCUCCUGUAUGGGAGGUGAGGCCAAACAGUGGGUGUUGGCUGAGGCCAACGCCGCGGGGUUUGAAGACACUGGCGAGUGGGCAAAGACGUUCACUUUGAAACAGUUCUUGGCUAAGAUCAAGGACCGUUUUCUCGAUAAGACGACGACCGAUAAGGCGUUUGACCAAUUAACAUGGAUUGAUCAAAAGCAUUGGGCAUCGGUUGAGGCUUUGUCCCGCGAAGUUGAUCGACUGCUGCAGGUUCCAGGAUUGAACCUACAAGACAGCCAACUGUUGUACAUCUACUCCCGCGCGUUGCCUGAGCCCAUCCCGGGACACCUGGUGGCCAAAGCGAAGUCAGGAAAAUAUAAUUAUAGGCAAUUUUGCGACCUUGCUCUGCAAAGGGAGCCAAUGACUUCACAAUUCAAAAACUCCUAUGCACCCGUAGUCAAAUCUGGAGGAGGAGGAGAAGGACGGACGUACGACGGUAAAAGAACUCUCUGGCGACAAAAACGCCAGGACCACACCCUUGUUGUCUUCGAUGAUGACACAGUGGAAAAGUGGCCAAUAGAAGAUAGGGAUAACAACAGUGACUAGAUGCCCCGUUGCGGCUUCGCCCGCAAAAACAGAAAAGGAAAAAAAACACAAAAGAAAGAAAAAGCAUAAUGAACUCCCCUAUCAUAU